CGGGCGGGGCUCCUGCAUUGUGACGUCACGAGGAGGCGGGGCUGCGGCACCGGGACGGACAGACGGACGGAGGACGCGGGACAGACCGGGCGGGGCCGGCGCGGGCGCGGCCGCCGCGGGCUCCGAUGGCGGAGGGUCGCCUGGCAGCAGCGGCGAGGUGGGGGUGACCGGCAGCGCGCGACCCGGGAGCCCGCGAGAGCAGCGGGCCCGGGCCAGGCGGACGUCCGUCGGCGGGCCGCAGGUGCUCGGGAUGGAAGCGGAAGGCUUGGACUGGCUGUUGGUCCCCUUGCACCGGCUGGUUUCCUGGGGGGCGGCCGGGGCCAUGGUCUUCGGAGGGGUCGUGCCGUAUAUCCCCCAGUACAGGGACAUCCGGAGGACUCAGAACGCUGAGGGCUUCUCGACCUACGUGUGUCUGGUGCUCCUGGUGGCUAAUAUUUUACGGAUCCUCUUCUGGUUUGGAAGGCACUUUGAGUCGCCGCUUCUCUGGCAGAGCGUAGUCAUGAUCUUGACCAUGUUACUGAUGUUGAAGCUCUGCACCGAAGUCCGCGUCACAAAUGAGCUGAACGUAAAACGCCGUUUCUUUGCAGAUAAUAAGGAUGAAGAAAUCAAGGUUCCCCCCAGGCGGUCAUAUCUGGUCGGCCGAUCUGUUGCUGCAUCGUGGGUCACGUUUCCUUUCCGCUGGCUGCUCCGCUGUGGCUGUCCGACCGCCCCUGUCGCUGGGGCGUCUUCAGUUUCCACAGACUUUGACCCUCACCACUUCUGGCACUGGAGCAGCUUUGGGGACUACGUGCAGUGUGUCCUGGCCUUCACGGGAGUGGCGGGCUACGUCACAUACCUGUCCAUGGACUCGGCCCUGUUUGUGGAGACCCUGGGCUUCCUGGCUGUGCUGACUGAGGCCAUGCUGGGGGUCCCACAGCUCUACCGCAACUACCGCCACCAGUCCACCGAGGGAAUGAGCAUCAAGAUGGUGCUCAUGUGGGCCAGUGGCGACACCUUCAAGACGGCCUACUUCCUGCUCAACGGCGCCCCCCUGCAGUUCUCCGUGUGCGGCCUGCUGCAGGUGCUGGUGGACCUGGCCAUCCUGGGACAGGCCUACGCCUUCGCCCGCCACCCCCAGAAGCCAGCCCCCCACGUGGCACACCCCGCCAGCGCCAAGGCCCUCUGAGGUGGCGGUGGGACACGGACGCGUGGCCUCCGCCGUGGGCCCUGGCCCAGGCGCCUGUCGUCCCUGCGUGGCCAAGGGGAUGUCCGGGCCAUCGGGAUCUCGAUCAGCUCUGUGGGUCUCGGGUGGGGUGCCAGGGGCCUGGGGGCCAACAUUCGUGCUCCACCCCGAGGACGAGUGUGAGUGGGCACGAGACCCCAGGGCUGGACUGAGGCUGUUUUCCAGGUGAUGGAGAAGCAAGUGUUCUCUUCCUUCCUCUCAGAAAAUACCUGUCUGGGACUUGGAAUGUGCUCACAGACCCAGGAAAUGGCAGACUUUGGGCUGCUGCGGGACAGGGCUCCAGGAAGCCCCUCUGGGUCUCAGGCCUGCCGGGAGUCCCCGGGGCCUGUAGCCGGGCUGUUGGCAACCCUCGGCCUGAGCGGGUGGGGGAGCAGGGGCACCAGGAGAGCCCACGCACCCGGCGCACAGAGCCUGGUCUCAGAAUGGCCCAAACGUGGACAUCCUGGAGACAGCACGCGCGCGAGGGAGACUCAGAGCAGGGCCCGGGCACAGAGAGUGGGCCUGGGGUUUGUACACAGCUAGUGCUUGUGGGAAGGAAGCCGUGAGGAUGCACUUUACAAGUGCUUCUGGUGACCUGCCAGAGUCUGCCCUGUGAGGGUCAUCUUCAGUGCAGCCACAUCACGGGACUCAGGACUUGGCCCUCAGCUUGGCAGUGGGGCCCAGAGUAUUCCGUGUGCCACACACCUCAUUUCUGCAUUGGCCGCCUCCUGGGAGAUGCCUGUGUGGACGCCGCUGGCAGCGAGGAGGCAAGCCUGUGUCCGUGCCGGCUGCAUGCUGCCAGAGUGAGCUCAGGGGUGUUGGCACCAGAGCCUAGAGUUCCCCAUGAGUCCUGGGGGUAUGUGGGGGGCACAAGUGGCCCGUGUGUGCCCCCAGGAAAGCUGGGGGCCCAGGACCAGGUCUGUAGGGACACACCCUCCGCCGAGGACAGGUGUACUUACUGGUGUUCCCUCUGGGUUCUGGGAAUCGCACGUGCCUGCAGCCUGCCACCCUGGACGUCCAUGUUCCAGGACGGGGGUGGCCUGCGAGUCAGGCGAGGGCACGUGUGAUGCAGGUGUCCCCACGCUCCUCGGGCGUGGGGUGACGUGCCAGGGCGGGGCGUCCCUGGCCACAUGCUCUUCCCCCCUCAGUUGUACAGGAGCAUCUCUGCUGUGCCCAGCAGCCCUGGGCGAGCUCCCAGGUCCCGGCGCCUGAGUGUCCCAGCAGCCGUGAGGCUUCCCCUCUGCAGGGCGGAGGGCGGCCCUAGGGCGGGUGUGCGGGGGCAGCGCUGCUGUCCUGCUGUUCCAGCUGCUGCCUCCUCCUGAGCUUUGCUCACAAACCCCUGACUGUUUGAGUGAGGGUCCUGCUUAGUCACUUGGGCUGUAAGAUGCUUUGAAAAUGUUUAUUUUUAAACACAGGGGGUGUCAGUAGCCGUAAUUGCCUCCAGAUUGAAGUGUCUCCCUCUGACUGCGGCCGUGCGGCAUGUGCCCAGCAAGGGGAGCACUCGGGGUCUCUGCGCUCUGACUUUAACCCAAUAAACCGCUUGCGGAUC